GAACCAACCGCGAGAAGCAGGAGCGGAGUUCCGACGUCUCCCAGUACAACUUCAUCGUGAUCGACCGCGAGUUCGCAGCGCGCUAUCCCCAGCACCUGGGUGGCUUCCAGCACGUGCACUUCACCUUUGAAGAGUUCACGGACCCUGCGGUGUCUGCGAAGAUCAAGAAGCUGUCGAACUACAUGAACGGCUCCUUCGAGAACCGCUUCCAGAGAUUGGUUGACGACCCCGCGUCCUUGAAGAUCAUCCAGGAGGAGAUCCCGAAGCUGGUUCGCCCAGAUCACUGGAAGGCGGUCACGUCCUGGGCCGUGAACUUCGUGUCGAAGGCGGGAGGACGAACUUGGUCGCAGCUGGCAAUGCACGAGAAGUUCGAGAUCAUGUCCUAUGCCCUGCUCACGGGACGCUGCUAUGACGCCAUCCACACAGACCUGCAGCAGGCCGGCAACUUCGUGGACUUCAUGGAUGCAGCGCACAGCCGCGCUGGCUUGCGUGCGAUGAUGGAUGACCGGAGUAACCCGGAGACCUAUCAGGUGAGCCGCGUCGCGGAGAUCUUGCGCGACAAGGCGGUGACCUCACUGUGCACCGUCACGCUCACCUGGGGCGGCGACGGGCCGAACAAGUCGGACCUGGACUUGCACACGAAAGUGGACGGACAGGAGCUCUACUACAGCCGGAAGGUU